AUGGAUACAGGAAACCUCACUGUUUUCUCCAGCUUCAUCCUCUUGGGUUUCUCUGAUGCCCCAGCGCUACAAACCACCAUCUUCACAGUCUUCUUAUCCCUCUAUGUUUUAAUGGUGCUGGGGAACCUGACGAUGAUCCUGCUGAUCAACACUGACCCCCACCUCCACAUCCCCAUGUACUUCUUCCUGACCCACUUAUCUUGCAUGGAUGUUUGCCUUUCCUCUGCUAUCAUCCCAAAAGCUCUGGAGACCUUCCUGCUGGGGAGAAGCCACAUCUCCUUUUGGGCCAGAUUCGACCGAUACACGGCUGUGUGCAAGCCCCUGCUCUACACCACUACCAUGACCAGGGCGCGUUGCUAUGGCAUGAUGGUGCUGGUGUACACCAUCGGGUUCCUCACCUCCCUGGUGCACAUCACACUGGCAGGGAGGUUGUCCUUCUGUCAGGCCAGGAGCAUCAACCACUUCUUCUGUGAGCUGCCCACCCUCCUGCAGCUCUCCUGCUCAGACACAAGCACAAAUGAGGUCUUGCAGGUUUACAACACUGUGUUUAACGUCAUGGGCCCUCUCCUGAUGAUCCUGGUGUCCUACACCUACAUCCUCCACACCGUCCUGCAGAUCCCUUUGGCCACGAGGAGGCUGAAGGUCUUCUCUACCUGCGCCUCCCACUUGGCUGCCAUCACCAUCUUCUACGCACCCGCGAUCCUCACCUACAUCCAGCCUCAUGAGGCAUCCUCAUGGGAUCAGGCAAAGCUGGUGUCGGUGUGUUACUGCAUCCUCACCCCAACCCUCAACCCCCUCAUCUACAGCCUGAGGAACAAGGAGGUGAAGGGGGCUCUGAGG